AUAAAGCGCCUACGAAGCAGGUAACCAACGCGAUUGGCUGAAGUGUCGCAUGAUGUUGUUGCAUGCAAUCGCUCCACUUUGAGCUGCGUCGGUCAGAUCCGACUUUCAUCUGCUCACCGCCUGACCUGAGGUUCAGCUUAGUCUUUCGCCUGCUCACGAUUUAUUGCACCAUGCUGACCCAUCUGUUCCGUAUGCAUGGACUUCUGGUGGCCUCCCACCCAUGGGAGGUGAUUGUUGGCACUGUCACCCUCACCAUCUGUAUGAUGUCCAUGAACAUGUUCACUGGUAAUGACCAGAUCUGUGGCUGGAACUUUGACUGCCCCAAAACAGAAGAGGUGAGUCAACAACAGAUUCUGAGCAGUGAUAUCAUCAUCCUGACAAUAACCCGUUGCAUCGCCAUCAUCUAUAUUUACUUCCAGUUCCAGAACUUGAGACAGCUGGGAUCCAAAUAUAUUUUAGGUAUUGCUGGUCUUUUCACCAUAUUCUCCAGCUUCGUGUUCAGCACAGUGGUCAUUCACUUCCUUGAUAAAGAGCUCACAGGCCUCAAUGAGGCUUUGCCCUUCUUCCUACUUCUUAUUGACCUGUCUAAAGCGUGCGCUCUUGCCAAGUUUGCCUUAAGCUCCAGUUCUCAGGAUGAAGUGAGGGACAACAUUGCUCGUGGUAUGGCAGUACUGGGACCUACUUUCACAUUGGAUGCCCUGGUUGAGUGCUUAGUGAUUGGAGUGGGAACCAUGUCAGGUGUGCGGCAGUUGGAAAUCAUGUGCUGCUUUGGCUGCAUGUCUGUUUUAGCCAACUACUUUGUGUUCAUGACUUUCUUUCCUGCAUGUGUCUCACUGGUGCUGGAGUUGUCGCGUGAGAGUCAGGAGGGCCAUCCUAUCUGGCAGCUUAGCCACUUCUCUAGAGUGAUGGAGGAGGAGGAGGACAACAAACCCAACCCUGUAACUCAGAGAGUCAAAAUUAUCAUGUCUCUGGGCCUGGUGAUGGUUCAUGCCCACAGCCGCUGGAUUGCAGAACCCUUGUCCAUUCACACCAUAGUGGAUGUCCCACAGGUUGGCAUGGAGCUGGACCAAUUCUCGCCUAGGAGGAUGGAGCCAGAGAAACCACUUUGGUAUUUCUACCUCACGAGGAUGAUAACCAUGGACAUAGAGCAAGUGAUCUGUCUGGCUUUGGCCCUGCUGUUAGCUAUCAAGUACAUCUUCUUCGAGCAGGUUGAGAUGGAGUCGACCCUGUCACUGAAGAACCCCAUCACUAUGUCCGCCCCCACCCUGACCCUGCGGCAGCUUACUGAAACCUGCUGCAGGAAGGAGACGCUAGCUCUCCGAUCCCUCGACCCCUCCCCCAUCAUGACUGUCCUGGCAACUGGCAGCAAGGCAGAGAUAGAUGAGGUUAUCAGGCCUGUGUCUGCCCUAGCCGCUGAUCCCCUGCCAAAUAAUAUUUUUGUUGUGGGGGAUGAAGAAGAGCUGAAGUCUGAAGCUGUUCAGCUGAGCCCCCCCCCAAAGCCUAGGGGCAUUGACCAAUGUGUGGCCAUCCUCAACAACCCAAAGCUUGGGCCUAGUUUCCUUAGUGAUGCUGAGGUGAUGCUGCUGGUCAACUCUAAACAUAUCCCUGCAUAUAAACUGGAGGCCACGAUGGAGAGACCAGAGAGAGGAGUGGCCAUACGAAGACAGAUAAUAUCUGCAAAGCUUCCCUCUCCUUCUGCGCUCUCCUCCCUGCCAUACACCCACUAUGACUACUCCAAGGUUAUGGGCACCUGCUGUGAGAAUGUGAUUGGCUAUGUACCCGUACCCGUGGGCGUGGCGGGACCACUGCAUCUGGAUGGGAAGCAGUUCCAGGUUCCCAUGGCAACCACAGAGGGCUGCUUGGUUGCCAGCACCAACCGCGGUUGUCGAGCAAUUGCUCUUGGAGGUGGAGCCAGCAGUUGUAUCCUGGCUGACAGCAUGACUCGAGGACCAGUAGUGAGGCUGCCCUCUGCUUGUCAGGCUGCUGAGGUAAAGCACUGGAUGGAGAGCAUUGACGGUUUUCAGGCCAUCAAAGAAGCUUUUGACAACACUAGCAGGUUUGCUCGGCUCCAGAAGUUGCUGGUUGGCGUGGCUGGGAGAAACCUAUACAUUCGCUUACAUUCAAAGACUGGAGAUGCUAUGGGGAUGAAUAUGAUAUCUAAGGGUACAGAACAGGCUCUGACCAGACUUCAACAGCACUUCCCAGAGGUGCAGGUGGUGGCUGUCAGUGGGAACUACUGCACUGACAAGAAACCAGCUGCCAUCAACUGGAUUGAAGGCAGAGGCAAGUCUGCUGUCUGUGAUGCCACCAUCCCUGCUAAAGUGGUUAGAGAGGUUUUAAAAACGACAACGGAAACUCUGGUGGAGCUGAAUGUCAGUAAGAACCUAGUGGGCUCCGCUAUGGCAGGGAGCAUUGGUGGAUUUAAUGCUCACGCAGCCAACCUUGUGGCUGCUAUCUACAUCGCCUGUGGACAGGAUCCUGCCCAAACAGUGACCAGCAGUAACUGCAUCACCCUGAUGGAGGCAACAGGGCCAACUCGGGAAGACUUGUACAUCAGCUGCACCAUGCCCUCUAUAGAGCUGGGCACUAUAGGAGGGGGCACCAACCUGGCACCACAGCAAGCCUGCCUCCAGAUGUUGGGCGUGCAGGGAGCCAGUAAGGACUGUCCAGGAGAGAAUGCCCGGCAGCUGGCCAGGGUUGUAUGUGCCACCGUGCUGGCCGGAGAGCUCUCACUGAUGGCUGCUCUGGCUGCUGGACAUCUGGUGAAGAGUCACAUGACACACAAUAGAUCUAAGAUGAAUCUACAGGAGCCUCCAGGAACGUGCAGCAAGAAAGCCUCUUGAAAGCUUGAGAGCAGCUUAGGUUCCCUCAGUGAGCCCAGGUCACUGGACGAAGUAGAAAAUCUGAAAGGGACCAAUCAUUCAUCAAACAGAUACAGGUGUCUUUAAAGUGACAUACAUUAGAAAAGUAUUGUGUCUUAUGCAGCUGGCUAGAAGAAGUACGUUAUUGGCUUCUUUUAUCACCACAGUUAAAAGAUAAUGUCAUGUUUUGUUAGGAAAUAGAUGGUCAGGGUUCAUAUUAAACAUUUAUGCUCUCCUGCCACCAAAUUGAUUACUGUGAACACAAACAAUGCCACACAGACUUCAGAAACAAGUAAAAGGUUCUGAUUGUUGAAAGUGUGUGGCUGGUCAUGUAAACCUCAGUGGCAAUGCUGGUUACCACAGAAUUUGCGUCAUUUGAUUUCUUUAAUAUUGUGUUUUAUGAAGCUAACAAUGACACAGUGGUGAAGCAGCCCAAGCCCAAGCAGAUUAAAAUUCUGGUUCUACCACAAGACAGCAGAAAGAAUAACCAUGACUGGCUUCAGGAGUUGAUUAAUAUACUGUAUGUAAAUUAGGGCUGGGCAAUUAAUCCAAAAUGUACUAAAACCGACAUUUAUAACCUCUAACCGAUUUAAUCUUGCUCAUGUCGGUUAAUUCUGUCAAUGCGUGCAUUCACGAACUGUCUACUUUCCGUUACAUUCUGUGCUGUAUAACCCGCCCGUAUGUCCUCCCUCCUCACUCCCCUGCUGACCUGCGCUCACUUUAAGUUAACAAUGAACACCAACACUAAAUAUGUGUCUGAGCCAAUUCUUUGUGUUUAUUAUGAAAUAUAUUCUCACAAGACUGGUAAUUAAUUGGGAUGAUUAUGAUUUCAAAAUUUAUGUCAAAUUAACAAAUUAUUUUUGAAUUUAUUGUUAAUUGUUUAUUGUGAUUAAUCAGAUGAUAUCAGAUGAUGAUCAGCUGUGAUAGAAGGAAGGAGGGAGGGGACUGAGGUUCUCAGCAUAGCUGGAGGAAAUGUUUGUAGAAUGGGGCAUCAGUACAAUCUUUGACCUCACGCUGGAAUUAGACAUGUUUGUUCAUUUUGCUUUAAACUAAAAUAAAUUUACCGAAAGGCAACAGAAUCGACGACUGCAGCGUUAUGAUAUUGACUUUGUCUUAAUGUGUGAGUCAAGAAGCGGAGCCCGUUAAAGUGGCAGAGAAUAAAAAUCAAAUAACAGGCCACCACAUAGUCAAAGACUCCAGAUCCGCUGGAAAAACCUGUUGAUGGAAUAACGAGACAUCGCCGAGUAGAAUCUCCAUUGGAUUCUUAUGAAUGGAAAUUGGACACUUCCGUAAACGGAGCGCCCGGAGUGCGCAGUAAUCAGCUAAAUCCUGGAUCCAUGUGCAGUGAGUAACGAAUGAGAUGAACUGUCAACUGAAAAAAUAUCAACUAAACUGAUGGAUAAGAAUAUAUUUGGAUGCCUGUCAAAAUAAAACUAGUGGAAAUGGAGGAAAACAUGUUACAAGCUAAAUUAGAGAAACUGGAACUAGAGGCGGACAUUGCUGCUGAGGAUGCCAAACUAAUGGUUUUGGACAGUUUUCAGGAAAGUUGUAAAGGUCAAUCAACAGUACAAGAAAAGACUGGUAUGAAUGAGUAUUUGGACAGUCACAUGGAAGAACACAAUGGUUCUGUGGACAAAGUAGAAUUCUCACCUGCUAAAUAGACAGAAUUGGGAGCUGUACCUAAAACACCUCUUCAGAGACUUGCCCCAUCCACCUAAAUUAAAUACCUAUGAACAAUAUCCAGUGCAGGAACAGGAGGACCCAGAGAGUGACUCUUCUGAGGAAACAGACUCUAGUGAUUACAAAAAGAUAUGCUAACUGAUCCAGAGACAAAUUGAUAUUGCAGAUCUACUGGUUUUGCAACAAAAACAAUCCUCACUUCUAUCCAGACAGAUCCCAGUGUUUGAUGGUGACCCUUUAAGUUUUCAAAUCUUCAUGUGUGCAUUUAAGCAUGGUAUUGAAAAUAAAAUUAGUAAUGAUGAGGAUGGACUUUAUUUCCUUGAACAAUACACUAGUGGCCACAUGGAAGCUAACAAAGGCUAUGCUGAGCCUCAGUGACUUCUGAAAAUCCACUUUGGAGAUCGUAAAUGCGUACAUGGAGAAAGCCAUCAGCUGGAGCAAUAUAAAGUCUGAUGAUGGAAAUGAAUUGCAUGCCUAUGCCCUUUACCUUAGAAGAUGUGGCUAUGCUAUGACAGAGUUAAAAGGAAUGGAUGAACUGAAUCUUGCAUCUACUUUAAAACUCAUCGUAUUAAAAAAAUAUAUAUUUCUUGUAAAAAGGGAAAAGUGGAGGACUACAUCAUAUGUGCUUUUGGAAAAGAAAAAAACAGGUCCAAUUCACUGACCUGUUAGCAUUUAUUGAGAAACAAGCUUGCAUUCUUAAAGAUACCCUCUUUGGUGAUGUUCAGAAUUCUAUGCCCAAAAGGUAACACAGCAACAGAAUAAAAAUUUAACGGAGGUAAAAGCAGUUGCUUUGCCAUGGCAAUUGGAAUGAGCGAGAGUCAAACUGCCAGUCAGCCAAAGAAUCAACAACCUGAAAACCUGACAAUCAAUAUGUGUAUUGGUGCAUUUGUAGCACAGUUAAACGUUCAUUAAAUGAGAGUGAAUUGUUAAGGGCCCAACCCCCAGAUAUUAAGGUGCAUCUGCUAAAAGCAAAUAGUAUCUGCUUUGGCUGUUUAACCAAGGGACACAUAAGUAAAACCUGUAAAAGAAGGAUGACAUGCCAAUAUUGUCAAGGAAAGCACCCUAGCAUACUGCCUAUUCAUAAAUCUGCAGAGAAUGAAUUAAACGAGAAACGUAUCAAUCAAACCAAAAGAUUAGUCAGUGGAACUCUUGUCUCAUUGAGGAAGGAGGAGGACAUCAGGGCAGGAAAAGACUGAAAACUUUCAAAAUUACCUGUACAAAUUAAAGCUACCAAAGGCAGCAAACACUGUUGACCUAUGCAUUUCUUGACCCUGGCAGUACAGCAACAUUCUGUUCUGAGAACCAGAAAACUCAAUGCAACUGGAUGAAAGACUAUAGUUCUCCUGCAAGCAAUGGGUCAAAAUAAACCAGUCAAUAGUUAUGAAGUAACUGGACUACAAGUUGGUGAUUUAGAUGGGGAUAACUUUAUUGAACUCCAUAAAACAUAUACUCAAACAAUGAAAUCAGUGAGAAAUUACCUCAGCAGGUGGCCUUACCUGAAGGAAAUACCACUGCAAGAGAUUGGUGCAGAUGUGGAACUCUUAAUUGGAGUAGAUGUCCCAGAGGCAAUGGAGCCCUGGCAGAUUAUAAAUAGCCACGGUAACGGUGCCAACGCUGGACCACAAAAAUCUUCAGCUGUGGAUAGAUUUGGAAGGCCUGUGGCUUCAGUAAACCACAUUUCAUUUGAACAUCUGAAAAACCUUCUUGUUAACCAGUACACCAUGAUUUCCAAGAGAGAAAAUAUUUGGGAAAACCUCAAAUGUCAACUGAGGACCGCAGCUUCUUACAGCUGGUAUCAAGUGCAGCUGCACUGAAAAAUAAUCAUUAUUACUUACCUUUGCCACUUCAUAAUAGCAAUGUCAUCAUACCCAAAACUAACCACAUAGCUGAACAGCGAGCACAUUAUCUCGUUAGGAAAUUCAAGAAAGGUGCUGCUUAUGCAAAAGAGUACAUGGAUUUUAUGAAAGACUCAAUCAUCAAGGGCUAUGCAGAGAAGGGGCCAUCAAAGGACCUUCAGAAAAAUUAUGGAAAAGUGGUUCAUACACCCCCAUGGGGUGUACCACAAACGCAAAAAGACAAUCAGAGUAGUAUUGGAUUGUGCAUCUUCAUAUAAAGGAACAUCACUUAACAAUGAACUCUUACAAGGACCUGACUUAGCCAUCUCACUUCUUGGUGUUCUCCUGAGCUUCCGCCAGGCACAGUUUGCCAUCAUGGCAGACAUUGAGGGGAUGUUCCACAAAGUUAGAGUUUAUCCUUAUCCUUAUAAAGCUAAGACUCUGAGUUUACCUGCAUAUAUACAAAACAGAAUAGGUGCAGAUAAAUUUCUGAAUGAUGUAUUUAAAAAAGAACAGACAAUGAAAAAAUGUUUUGUGCCGGAUUUGCUAAUGGGCCACACUGUCUGCGGAACGGCCGGGGAACGGCUUGCUUUUAAUUUUUCGUGCCCAUGUUAACAGAUCGAGCAGCCACACUGCCUGCGGUUCAGCCGCAGUUCAGCUGCGGUUUAGCAGCGUUUCAGUGUUUAUCUGUUGAAUGUGUCACAAACAUGUUUGCAACACUUCCUAUACCCGUUUCAAAAUAAAAGCACUCCAGUGUU